UGGACCGAAUCAUUGUACAGUCUGACCAGAUGAUUUACAGCUACAAUAAUGACUGUAAACUCGGAAUUAAACGGCGUCUCUUCGCCAUUUACUGGAAUAAUGAUAGCUGUUGUAUCCAGUUUUAUCAAUGGGUCAACAUUUGUGCUUCAGAAAAAGGGGAUAUUACGCUCCCGUGACAGAGGAGGCUCGUACCUGGCAGAUGCCGUGUGGUGGAGUGGUACAGUGGCCAUGAUUAUUGGUCAGAUUGGGAAUUUCCUGGCGUACAAUGCAGCCCCUGCAGUGAUAGUCACCCCACUGGGAGCACUAGGAGUUUUAUUUGGGGCUGUGUUGGCUUCAUGGAUCCUCGGGGAGCAUCUGAACACCCUGGGGAAGCUUGGCUGUGCGUUGUGCUGCUGUGGCUCUGUGGUACUCAUCAUCCACGCACCUAAAACAGAGGCUGUAACUUCAAGACUGGAGCUAGAAGACAGACUAUCAGACCCAGUGUUUGUCCUCUAUGCCCUGUUGGUGGUUCUGCUCCUGAUGGUCUUGAUUGUGUGGAUUGCUCCGGCUCAUGGUACAUCAAACAUCAUGGUGUAUGUAGCUAUAUGUUCCCUCUUGGGAAGCUUCACUGUUCCGAGCAGUAAAGGACUUGGACUUGCUGCACAAGAUGCUUUUGUUGAAGGGCCAUCGAGCAGCAGAGCUCUGGCCCUAUUCCUGUGUUUGCUGGUAACGCUGGCCAUCAGUAUCCUCAUACAGUUCUUCUUUAUUAAUAAAGCCUUGGAGUUGUUCAGCUCCAACAUGUUUGAGGCCAUAUACUACGUGACCUUCACAUCUACUGUAAUUCUGGCCUCAGCGAUUCUCUUCAAGGAGUGGACUGCAUUAACUGUAAGUGACAGCCUCGCCAUGCUUUGUGGUUUGACAACAGUGUGUAUCGGGGUCAUUUUACUCAGAAUUUCCCAGGAGGCUGUUCUCACUUGGAAACAGAAUGAGGCAAAGAAAAAGACAGAAUAAAUUAAAUAGCUUUGUCAGUUGGGACUUUUAUACUAUUUCACUUUAAUCAUUAACAUAUAAACUUGACAUAAACUCCAGUUUGACCAAACUUUUAAUUUUUUUCUUGAGUUGACUUGCAGUUUCCUUUGGAACAGUUCUUAGUUACUGUGUAACCCACAAAGAACAUGCAAAGGUGGUAUAAUAUGUUGUGUUGUAUAAUUUUCUGUCUUUAAAUGAUCAUUCCCUCUCUGGCUGCAGCUCUCAUUAUAAUGAAAACUGCAAUUUGACCUUAAACUGUGCCUUUAAAUAACUCAACUCAAACACAGCCCCGGGACCAGGAUCAGUUAAGACAUUUUGUCAUUUAAGUUAUUGUUUAUGCUCAGAGACAUACAAAACAUUGUUGGCUGGUUAGAUGAAUAAUGGCAGAUGAUUCUGUUUACAGCUUCAUGUUUCCCUCAAGACCAAAAGUUCACUCAAGGUAUCACAUGCACUUUAACUUAUUCAUUGUGCCUGUGAAUAAUUCAUUGUAAUUUCAGUACUGCUGUUUUAAGUGCAGGAGUUUUAUAUUAAAUGAGAAGCAACAAUGACUGACUGUUUUGUCUGAUGGAAAGAUUUGUAAAACUGUAUUCCACUUUAUUCUGUAAUUCAUUUGUAAUUUAAAGAAAUUAAAUCAAUUGAGGAAGAUGA